AUGUCCAACAAGGCUCAAACCCAAGCUCAAGGUAAAGACAGGGUCGAGGAGGAGAAAGAGAGACUGGUGCGGCAAGGUAAAGAGGUCAGGAGCAAACUUACUCCUCUCAAGGUCUAUCUUUUAGGAUACAAUCUCAUUUCAGCUUUGUUAUGGGGACAUUUACUUUACAUUACAAUAUUGUUCAUUGUCACAUCUAGAUCAACGCCAUUAGUAACAUCCAACUCUACAUUCAAUAAACUAUUUUCAUAUUUCCCUUCUUUCUACAAGUCAUCAUCUGCUUUCAAACCUGUUCAAAAGUUGAUCAAUCAUCUGAGCGGUUCAUACGAUUUUCGAGGAUUAGGAUGGUGGACUAAAUAUACACAGUCAUUAGCUAUUCUGGAAGUGGUUCAUGCUGCUUUGGGCUGGGUGAGAAGUCCAAUUGGAACUGUUGCUGCUCAAGUAGCAAGUAGAUUAUGGACUGUUUGGGGUGUCGUUGAAGCUUCUCCUGAUAUUACUCACGCUUCACCGUUGUUCACUACCAUGUUAUUCGCAUGGUCAUUGACAGAAGUGAUCAGAUACACAUUCUAUUUUUUAUCAAUAUUAAAUAUUCAGUCACCCAUUCUGAACUGGUUAAGAUAUACGACAUUCAUUCCUUUAUAUCCUAUUGGAGCAUCUUCCGAAGCUUUUUUAUCUUUUUCGACUUUACCUUCAUUCACUUUUGCGCCCUUUUCGACUUAUCUGGCUACAUUGAUCUCUCAUUUACCGGCGAAAGGAAGAGAGGUUUUAUUGCGAACUACAAUCGGUAGAAAUUUGUUAUGGAAUUUGGCUAAAUCAAAUACCACUUCAGCUGCUAAGAAGUUGGGUGGUGGUCCGAAUGACUCGUGGGGUUUAUUGGAAUACGUCAGAUUGGGUUUAUUCUUCAUCUGGUGGCCUGCACUCUAUGUCCUAUAUACCUACAUGUUCAAACAGAGACGAAAGGUUCUUGGUAAAGGUAGAGGUAAAGUAGUUGGUGGCGCGAACAAAGCUCGGUAG